UCUGUUAAAACCCUAGAACUCCCUCUGUACGAAGCCGCCUUCAUCGUGAGCCUUCUCUGUCUUCUAGGGUUUCGCACAGUCGUAUUCCCACUCUCUGCAAGCAAAAAUGGUUCUGCAAAACGAUAUCGAUCUGCUCAACCCUCCGGCCGAGCUCGAGAAGAAGAAGCACAAACUCAAGCGUCUUGUGCAGUCCCCUAACUCCUUCUUCAUGGACGUCAAGUGCCAGGGAUGCUUCAACAUAACCACGGUGUUUAGCCACUCUCAGACCGUUGUGGUGUGCGGAAACUGCCAGACAGUAUUGUGCCAGCCGACCGGUGGUAAAGCCAGGCUCACCGAGGGCUGUUCUUUCAGGAGAAAGGGAGAUUGAGGUUUGAAUUCGAUGAUCGGCCAUCGUUUUUUACCAAGAUGUUGCUCUUAAGUUGCUCAAUGUCGGGUUUUGUCUAAAUUUUGGAUUCUCUUGGUUGGUUGUUCUCUAAUGUCUAUGGAUUUUGGUCUACUUUAAUGUUUGUUUAAGCAAUAGAAUUGGCUUUUAUUUGAAAUCGUAUCGCAAAUCGGUUGUUUUGCUUA